UGCUAUUGUGCAAGUAAAGAUGUUCUGUUAUUGUGUGUUGAAAUAUAUUUAAUUUUGUUUUACAUUAAAAACACAUUAACUGCCGCGUUAAAAACUACGUAUAUUUUUUUUAGCUUUAUUGGUCUUAUUUAUUUAAUUAAAUGAUCCUGUAAAUAUUUUCCUUAUAAAAAGUAAUUAAGUAGUCAUAUUUCAAAAAUCUUAGAUAAAAAUAUAUUCCAGGAAAAUGGAUUUAAUAGAAAAUGAAUGGUUUAUUGAAGCGCCUUGGGGCCGGAUCAGCAUUGUAGCUUGGGGCAACUGCUAUGACCCACCAGUUCUACUUACUCAUGGAGUAGCAGACACAGCCGCUUCCUUUAAACCACUCGUGAGAUUGUUGCCAAGGAAUUACUAUUACAUUGCUAUGGAGUUCCCGGGCAAUGGGAAGUCUGACUGGUUCCCGCGAGGCCUACCUCUGUCCACCUUCGAAUUCGUGUACGCAGUACAUCGAGUGGUCAGCCACUUCAGAUGGGAAAGUUUCAUCUUUAUUGGGCACUCAUUUGGUUGCCUUGUUGGUAAAACUUAUAACUUAUGUUACCCGGGGAAAAUCAGAUUGCUGGUAGAAUUCGAUUCUUGGGUAGCAAUGGUCCAUAUAACGCCAGAGAUAUUUUCCCAUUGGUAUAAAAAUUCGUUCAGGAAAUACUUUGACAAUUACGAAAUCAAUAACGCGCCCAAGGGACAUUCUAAACUAUACAAGCGAGAAGAGGCUUUGCAGAGGUUGAUGGACACCCGCGGUAUAAAGAAGGAAAAUGCUGAAGCAACUCUACAGCGGUUGGCAAUACCUGCUGGUGACGGCUUAGUCAGGUUUUCCUACGACCGACGGAUGAAGUCCAUUGUCACGGCUCCAUAUAACAAGGAGCAAGUUAUAAAACUGUAUACAAGCCCAAAAACACCGACACUAACUAUACUAGUUGAUAGAUUGAAAGAGCGGAGGUUUUCUAUCCCUUUCUUACUCGAGGAGAGCUCAUAUCCACAUCGCAAUGUGAGAGUGAGAUGGUCGGAUGGUUCACAUGAUGUACAUUUUGAUGAACCGGAGCGAGUCGCGCCUUUAGUGUCGCAGUUUUUACUAUACGGUUUGAAAGGCUUAGACGAAAAGGCUAAGAUAUAGCAGAAAAAGUUUUUGAGGGUAGUUAUACAAAUUUGAAAGAAUUUAGUGAAAUGUUACCAUAACUGUGUCUGCAGUAACGUAGUGAUAUGCUACUACUGGUUGAAGGAGUUUGCACGCAAGUUUUAACAGUGGAAUGGGCUGCCUACACACAUCUUUUUAAAUAAGGCAUUACUUAAUAUUAUAUAAAUUAUUUAUAACCAAAUUUAAUUUAUACCAAAAUUUAUGAAGUAUGCGGGAUCGAACACGCGCCUCUCGGGUUCCGUCCGAGCGCUCUUAUCAACUGAGCCAACCGUCGGAGUGACGCAUCGAUCGUAAAUCUUGGUGCGUCUUGUUCAACUGUCAGGUUGUGGCUCCAUUUUGAUUUGAAUUAAACUCGUAUAUUUAAUCCUAGAAGUGAGGGAUAUCACUUUAAAAUAUCAAACUGUUUAUUUAUAACUCUUGGAUUUGAACUGCAUACCCCUCGCUAAGUUUCCAGUACAAUCUGAAGUUGCCGAGCGUAGAUACAUUCAGAGACCCGACUUUUCGCAACAACUUCGGUGCUAAAUCGAAUUUAACCUACCAAACCUACUUUAUUACUAUGUAAGGAAAGUUUAUUUUUAUAUUGGUGAUUGUUAAUAUAUUUUUUAAUGAAAA